GAAAUGGCAAAAACUUAUGUGAAAUCCAAGGAGAUAGUGGAGCUGGUCACCACACAGUCCUUCAUGGACAAAAGUCUGAGCUCUCAAAAUGAGAUGAAGGCAGAGGAUAGAAGACCAGGUUCUUAUGGGAUGCUUGGAAACUUGACUGAAGAGCAUGACAGUAUUGAAGAGGAAGAAGAAGAGGAAGAAGAUGGGGAAAAACCAAAGAGAAGAGGUCCCAAGAAAAAAAAGAUGACCAAAGCACGGCUUGAGAGAUUCAGGGCUCGAAGAGUCAAGGCCAAUGCCAGAGAACGGACCCGGAUGCAUGGCCUGAAUGAUGCCCUUGACAACCUCAGGAGAGUCAUGCCAUGUUACUCUAAAACUCAGAAGCUUUCCAAGAUAGAGACUCUUAGACUGGCUAGGAACUACAUUUGGGCUUUGUCUGAAGUCCUGGAGACCGGCCAGACACCCGAAGGGAAGGGUUUUGUGGAGAUGCUCUGUAAAGGGCUCUCUCAGCCUACGAGCAACCUGGUGGCUGGGUGUCUCCAGCUCGGUCCACAAUCUAUCCUCCUGGAGAAGCAAGAGGAAAAAUCUCAGAUUUGUGAUUCUACUGUUUCUGUCCACAACUUCAAUUAUCAGUCUCCAGGGCUCCCAAGUCCUCCUUAUGGCCAUAUGGAAGCACAUCUUCUUCAUCUCAAGCCUCAAGUAUUCAAGAGUUUGGGAGACUCAUCAUUUGGAAACCAUCCCCCUUCCUGCAGUACACCCCCUUAUGAAGGCCCACUCACUCCACCUCUGAGCAUCAGUGGGAACUUCUCCCUCAAGCAAGAUGGUUCUCCAGACAUGGAAAAAUCCUAUAGCUUCAUGUCACAUUACCCCUCUGCAAGCCUAAGCUCAGGGCAUGUGCAUUCAACUCCCUUUCAGGCUAGUACCUCCCGCUAUGACAUUCCCAUAGACAUGUCCUAUGAUUCCUAUUCUCACCAUGGUAUCGGAACCCAACUCAAUACAAUCUUCACUGAUUAG